UACUUAUCUAUGGUUGUUAUUUCUUCAUGAAGAGUGUCGUGGGUAUAUAAAUAUUUUUAGUCGGGAAAGAAAAGACAAGCUUCAUGCUUACGUGCACAUUUCUCGAAUUGUACUUGUACAUAUUUAUUUUCACAAUUAAGAAUUUACGAAGUGUUGAAGCCAGAAAUGGAAACAUACUCAAACAUUUUCCUAGAUGAAAUUAAUCAUCACAGAGUAAAGAUGGAAAUGGGAAAAGAUGAUAGCUAUGAAAAAGGAAACUCAUUUGACUUGGAUUUUCAGGACACAACUGAUUGGGGGCAUAUCGAUGAAAAGACUGAAUUCAUGGAUAUUGUUCAGCAUUACACUGAUGAGAAGGGAAUAAGAUCGUCUAUUAAAUAUGAAAAAGGGGAGUUUGCUUUAAACCAGAAAAACAAUCUCGAAGGGCAUAUAGAUGCUGUCCAUUUGAAUGGAAGAGAUGAUUAUGCAGCCAACCAUAAAGUUCAACUCAAAAUUCAUAUCGAUUCUGUCCAUUUGAAUAAAAAAGAACUUGAAUGUCACUUAUGUGAUUAUGCAACUGAAUAG